CGAGUAACCUUCGAGAUGUCACUCGGCGGGGGCGAGACGUGGUGCUGCCCGACGAGUGACCACGGUGUGAUCGCACGAGAAACCACAAUGGCGGAGGUGGCGACGAAGAAGUCGAUCAAUGUAGUAAGUAGCAAGAAGAGCGAGGUGUGCGGUGUUCAAUCUAACAACGGUUUGAUUGAUUUGGAUGAGCUAACCGCGAGUAACACUCAACUAAUCUCGUUGUGCGACGACGACGACGAUCUUGUACUCACAAAUAAUACGCGUAACGAACUCGAGAACGACGAUAAGAGCCUGCAGGAAUUGAUAGAGAGCGAACUGGCGCUAAGGAUUUGCUCGAGCAAGAACGAUGAGGAGACCGUCGAAGAGCCCGAGGAGGUCGUUGCCCAACCGGAGACGAUCAAGAAGAUUGUUCUGGAUCGCCGGCAGGAUCCCGUUGACAUUAAUGCGGAAUUCAUAGCGGCCGAGAGCGAACAUUAUACUUUGAUCGAGGAACCGUAUGGUCAUCGGAAUGGCCAUGUGUCCCCACACGUCGAUGUCGAAACCGUGAAACCAGAACCGGUACGUUUUCACGACGAAGAAGAGGAUCGGGUAUUCGUCGAACAACCGGAAACUGACGUCGCACCGAUAAUCAUUCAGAAAACGAACGAUGGCGAUCAGGAGUCCAGUCGCGAUGAAUCUGUCGACGUCAGCAACGAUAUUGAGGAUUGUCAAGCGGUCGCCAAGACUGCCGUACCUCCUACGGACGAUCCUAGCAAUGAUCUCAUAGACGGAUCGAGCUCCCAGUGUUUUCCGACUCUUGUCUGUCCCGAGGAUAAAUAUCAACGGGAGGAGGAACUGGUUCAAAAGAUGACGGACGAUGCGGAUGUUCUUCGUACCGACGUCGAACAAGAAAGGAAGAGUGCAGAGGUCGACAUUCCGAACACGUGGACCGAGCAGGCGCCGCUUUCAGAUGGCCAGCAGACCUGUCAGUUCUCCGACAACUUUGACGAGGCGCUUUAGUCUUCCAAGAACGAACAUAUCGAUACGCUUAAUGAUUCUUAUGAAGACAAUCGAGUUGAGGAGAAGGAGGAGAUUCCAGCGUUACUGAUCCACGAAGACAAAUCGUCACCUUCCGAAACGAUCGAAGAGACAGAUUUGAAACUGGAGGAUUCUCGUUUAUCUGACGACGGCGUUAUCAGUCAGUCCGAGACGCUGUCCGCGGAGACGGCCAGCACGCAAGAAUUUCUCGAUACAGAACGCCGCGUGCUAUGCGAGGAAAUCGAUCAGGAGACACCACGGAUCGUGUUAUCAUCAGAGAUCACCGAGUCGCAGGCAACAACGGGAAUGAUCCUCGAGAGCGAAUCACCGGAAUGUCUCAUUGCGGAAGAUACACAGAAUCCAGUGGACGAGUCCUCGAGCGAAUUCUCAGCGUCAGAUUCAACUUUCAUUGAGAAGACCGAGGUCGUGGUGUCGGAUACAAGCGUGACAAUCUUUUCGGAGACGAGACAACUCGUCGCCGAGCAAAUCGAAAAUCUCGAUUCGUGGACCACGGUCGAGGAGGCCACGAAAUCGGCAGAUGAGAGCUCAGCCGAUGCCAAGGAGCGAGGAAAGGACGCGCCGAUCGCAGUCGAACGCGACGAUAAUGAAGCGACGAAGGAUGAUAACGAGGGAAAGCAGAACGAUUCUCUUGCACCCUCGUCCCCCCGCGCGCCCCUGGCUACACCGGACGAGACGGAGACGAGCGAUGUUUCUAACGCUUAUGACAGCGAGAGCCGCGAGGAAACGGUGACCACCAGUUCCACCGUGGUGACCUCCUCGAAAGGUGGGACCAAAACGAAGAAAAAGAAAAUCGAAGGCGUUGCUGGUAACGAUGCCACCUCGCCAAACCUUACGCCACGUACAAAGAAAACCAAGAAGAGCAAGAAGAGCGAUCUCGAAAAGGAGAACAUCUCUGUAAACUGUAGCUUACAAGACGCAAGCAUGCAUACGGGCACUCGGCGAUCGCAUUCGGAGAUGAUCGAUUUUUCCGAUGAGGACGAUUUAUCGAACGUCAAUGUUAAGUCACUGACACAGAACUAUGUCUCGGAGACAAGUCGUAGCGAUCAAGAGAAGUUAUGCAGGGAACGGAUUGCGACCGGCGUAUCCAUCAAGCAAUUAUGUCGCAGCUUUGGCGACAUCUCGAACAUGAGCGACGGCGAUCAGGCGACUUUUGGGAAAGCGAGCCACGCGAUGGAAACUGAGGAGAAGGCGAGAUCGAUGGGUGAUCUGAGAGUAUGCGAGCAGGGUUAUUCGCGGUUCACCAGAGACGCACCCGUCUUCGCCAGGGUGUCGGUCAAGGCCCUCAGGGCUUCCUAUUGUAGUUUGGCAAGCUUAACAAGCGAGGGUAAGGACAAGGAUCGAGCAUGCGAGAAGCCGAAGCUCGAGAAAUCGAGCUUUAACAAAUUUGAUGCUCUUUCCAAGAAGACAGUUUUACACGUGCGUUCGGUCGACGCGGGAAAGGUUCAACAGCAACUGAACGCCGUGGGCCAGAAUGCCGAUGCGAAUACGAAUUGUCGCAGCUGCGGCAAGGUCGUUUUCCAAAUGGAACAGACAAAGGCCGAGGGUCUGGUCUGGCACAAGAAUUGCUUCCGGUGCGUGCAGUGCAGCAAGCAGCUCAACGUAGACAAUUAUGAGAGCCACGAGAGCACGCUCUACUGUAAGCCACACUUCAAAGAGCUCUUCCAACCGAAACCGGUCGAGGAGUCCGACCAGCCCGUGCGACCUCGAAAGCCGGAGCUGAUCAUACGGGAGAACGAGCCGAAAGAGUUGCCGCCCGAUGUGGUCAGAGCUUCCGACAAACCCGACUUGGGACUCGAGGAACUCUCCAGUCUGAACGUCAAGUCGCGCUUCCAAGUCUUCGAGAAAGCUAGUACGGAGAACGCCAAUGAGAUCGAGCGAUCACCGUCACAGAUCGCCGUAAAGAGAUCACCCAGCAUUCUCAGCAAACUGGCCAAAUUUCAAGCGAAAGGUAUGGAUAUUGGUGUAGCUGAUGAAUCUCUCAAUGGCAUACCGUACGAGGAGUCCAGCGAAAGUGAGGACGAAGCAGAGGCAGAGGAAACCGAGGAAGUAGAAACUGAAAUCGUCAAGUCAAAACGCACCACACGUGAACGACCGAUCAGUUUUUCGAAGAUGGACGACAUCAAAAAUCGCUGGGAGACCACAAGCCAACAAGGAAGGCGUGAGGUUCAGCGCGAAGCUAGAAAGGAAGAAAUCGCAGGAAUUCGUUCACGAUUGUUCUUGGGCAAACAAGGUAAGAUGAAGGAAAUGUAUCAACAAGCAGUAGCUGGAAGUGACCGCGUUACAAAGAUAAACGCAGCAGAGGAGAUCCAGCACUCGACUGCCCACGCUCGCUCCCUCAAAGAGAGAUUCGAACGAGGUGAGCCAAUCGCAGCCUCGGACGACGAAACCGACAGUAAACCAAAACCGGAGAAAGCCGAUGAAGAGGUGAUCGCAGCAGGUAUCAGCAGGAAGUCGCGGUCGCUCUUUUUGGAACUGGACGCCACUGCAGCGAAAACAGGACGUCCAGUGACGCCAGUGCAUCCAAAAACGCCAACCGAAACCUCACGACGUGCACGGGACGUAUUCAUGGGUCGUCAAGUCUCAGACGAUGUGGUGCGCAGCUCAGACACAACUGAGGAGGUCCAUGUAGAAACAUCGGAAAUUUCAAACAAAUUCAAAUUCUUCGAGUCUUAUAAGGAACCAGAGAAACAGCGGAAGCAGUUUCGCAUUACACCACCUCGCGAUGGUCAAGUCAAGAUGGAUUCACCAGAUCGCGAGAUUUACCGCGAUCCAGAUGUGGUCAGAGCUGACGAUAGGGUAGACGAGAUUGUGCACACGGACACAGCGAGGAAGAUGCUGUCCAUCUUUCGGCAGUUGGAGGUAAAUGCGUGCAAAGAGGAACUUCCAGAUGGCCCGAAACCAUUGAAACGCUUUACACCGCCUCCCGAGGACAAGUUCGCCAAGGCGACUGCUUCGGACUCGGAGGAGGGUGAGGACGAAGAGGGCGAGGAAUCAGAUGGUGAUGAAAGCGCUGAGGAGAGAGAUCCGAAUUACGUCCGUGCUUCUGAUAAGGUGGAGGACGAAUUCUUGAAACAGGCGCAGAACGCGGCGCGUGCUAAGACCUUACGUGCUAAGUUCGAACACUGGGAGGAAACCGAUGGCAAGGUCAGCAAUCAUCAUAUCGCCGAAAUGGAGAUGGCCCAGGGUACGGGCGAACAGUCUAGCAUAGAGUCGGCGAGCAGUCUGAGAGCCCGUUUCGAGUCUCUCGGCUCGCAGGCCAACGAAUCUCCGCGCACACCGAAGGUCAAAGUCAAUCGAUUUGUGGAGAUCCAGACGACCUGUGCGGAGGUGUGUGAGAGCUGCGAAAAGAAGGUUUAUCCCUUGGAGAAGAUCGAGACAAAUAACAAAAUCUUUCACAAGCAAUGCUUCCGGUGUCUCCAGUGUAAUUGCAUUCUAAGGAUGGACUCGUUUACUCUGAAUAAUGGCAAGCUGUACUGCAUCCCGCAUUUUAAGCAACUCUUCAUCGCACGAGGAAACUAUGACGAGGGAUUUGGCGUUGACCCACACAAGAACAAAUGGGCGACGACGAAUCCUAAUAAUUCCACAAGCCCAUCGCCGAUCGCAGUUUCGAACGGCGAUCUUUGAUUUUCCGAGUCUUUCACCUCUAUUCUUUCCUAACUAUACAUCGCUAUUGAAUUUUAGUCGAAUUUAUGGAUGGAUCUAGAAAUUGUUGAAAAGAUUUGUCUUUCUCGAAAAUACAUAGUGGAGUAGAUAUUAAUCACCGUGAAAGAGAUUGAAUAUUUUUUACAAUUCUGACGUUUUCCUUUGUUGAGCGGCAAACUAGAUUCGUCUAUGGUCGGAUCGUGAUGAUAAUUACGAAUGCGAUGAUAAUUACGAUAAAUUGUACAUUUUUAUUAAGUUAGACCCAUAACGUAUAAUUGUAUAUUUAAUGGUAAUUGGUAUAAAUCGCGAUGAUCGGAGACUUGCCUUAAAAAACGAUCUCCAUGCGCGAUAAUCUUCUCGAAGGAUAAUCUUGCCAGGCACGUUGAAUAAAUGAAUUGAAAGCA